AACAUCGAUGCAUCGAUGUUUAUAUCGAAAUUUCUUCACCUCUAGUUGAGUAGAUUAAGUCGUAAAUUAAUAAGUAGAAAUUAGCAAAUAUGGCAUAUAACAAUGGCGGAAUGCCAGAUCAACAAUUUCUUUGGGAUGUUUUUCAAAGAGUGGACAAAGAUAGAAGCGGUCAUAUAUCUGCGGAUGAGCUACAAGUGGCUCUUUCGAAUGGUACAUGGUCUGCAUUUAAUCCCGAAACGAUCCGUUUGAUGAUAGGAAUGUUUGAUCGCGAAAGUACUGGUACCGUAUCUUUCCAAGAUUUCGGAGCAUUAUGGAAAUAUGUGACGGAUUGGCAAAAUUGCUUUCGAUCAUUCGAUCGUGACGGUUCGGGAAACAUAGACAAAACUGAGCUGAAAACAGCACUGACAUCAUUCGGAUAUCGUUUAUCCGACCAAUUAAUUGAGGUUUUGCUUCGCAAGUUUGAUCGCUUUGGACAUGGUACAAUUCUUUUUGAUGAUUUUAUUCAAUGUUGUAUUGUGCUAUAUGUUGUCAGCCUUUCUCAUCAGCCGAGCUGGAGGGUCUGAUCUGAGCGUCAAAUCUUUUAUUAAUAGCAUAUGUGGAAGUCUGUAAUUAGGAGAUACAUACUUCAUAUCACAACCAUGGUAUUAAUCACAACAAGAUGUGUGUGAAAGUUAUGAGUAUUGUCUGUUUGAAAUCAAUUUGCUUUCUGAUUUUACGGAUGGGUUUGAAACAACUAGUUAAUUGUUGUUUCUUGAAAAUCGUAAACAUUUUUGUGUGUGUUUUGCCUUAUUGGUUAUAAUAUUUUUUAGUGUCCUGUUAUUUAUAAAUAAAUGUGAUUUUUGUAUA